CCGCCUCUGCAAAGGAAACAGGCACAAUCAGUCUCAAUGUGGCUUAUGAGGGGCAUGUGUGUGGGUUCGUGUGUGUGUGUGUGUGCGUGCGUGUGUGUGUGUAUGUGAAGGAGGAAGGAAACGAGCGUCGCAUCUGUCGGAGAUCGUUCUCUGAAGAAGAAGUGACUUCUCAAAAUGCUGCAGAAGGAAAUGGACAAAGUUUCAGUGUGCGGUUGAUCCCUGGACUUGAACACAAGACAAAGUGAAGAACUUGGGUUGGAUGUUGAAUCAGAAUCGAAGGAGUUAAAAAAGAUAUGAAGAUGUGUUUCUUAUGAAAUCAUUCCCCGAAGUGUUAUCAGACUGUAUUCAUCAUGUUUGUUGGAAAUCUGCACUGACCGAUGGAGAUGAAGCACAGAGCCACAUAAUGUUCUGGUGAUGUGCGUCGUUGGCAGCUUCUCAGCCCCUCAAGACAUUCAUGGGAAAAAGCAGCUGAGGGGAAGGACCUGAAGGGAGAGUUCGGCGGAGGAGCUUGAAGUGAAGUGAAAUGACGGCGACUGUGUUCUGUGCGUGGACGAGCAUCAAUGACAGCUCCAUCUGAAGUUGAAUAAAUCUCUCUCCAGCUGUCAGGUGUGAAGAAGUUGCCACAGCUGUUGGGAAGUCUGGUGGAUGCUCCUGAUAGGAGGUCAGGAGGUUGAGCUCAGCGGGUGCCAGGCUGCAGCUAUGGUUGUUGAGGCGAGGUUUCCUCCCUCUUCAUCAGUGACCUUUGCGUUUGUCUCACCAUGACAGACACCUCUGCUGCCUCCAUUUUCUACAUCAUCCUAGAGGUGCUGAUCGCUGUGUUCUCAGUGCUGGGCAAUGUGCUGGUCUGCUGGGCCGUGUGCCUCAACAGCAACCUGCAGAGCAUCACCAACUUCUUUGUGGUGUCACUGGCUGUGGCAGACAUCGCUGUGGGCGUCCUGGCAAUUCCCUUCUCCAUCGUCAUCAGCAUUGGCUUCUGCUGCAACUUCUAUGGAUGCCUGUUCCUGGCCUGCUUCGUGCUGGUCCUCACCCAGAGCUCCAUCUUCAGCCUGCUGGCCAUCGCUAUAGACCGCUAUAUCGCAAUCAAGCUACCGCUCAGGUACAACAGCUUGGUGACAGGUGAGCGGGCUCAAGGCAUCAUCGCCAUCUGCUGGGUUUUAUCCAUCAUCAUUGGUCUGACCCCCAUGAUGGGCUGGAACAACCGGCUCCAGAGUAACAACACAGCCUGUCCCCCAGACCUGAUGAGGUGCCUGUUUGAGAAGGUGGUGGUCAUGGACUACAUGGUGUACUUCAACUUCUUUGCCUUUGUACUGAUUCCCCUGCUGCUGAUGCUCGCCAUCUACCUGUGUAUCUUCAUGGCGGCCCGCCACCAGCUCAAGCUGAUGGAGGUGAAAGCGCUUCAUGGAGAGAAGUCGCGCUCCACGCUGCAUAAAGAGGUCCAGGCUGCGAAGUCUCUGGCCAUCAUUGUCGGGCUGUUUGCGGUCUGCUGGCUGCCUCUUCACAUCAUCAACUGCUUCACCCUCUUCUGUCCGCAGUGUGACCGUCCUCCAGCCUGGAUCAUGUAUGUGGCCAUUAUUCUCUCCCACACCAACUCUGUGAUCAACCCCUUCAUCUACGCCUACCGCAUCCGGGAGUUCAGACAAACCUUCCGAAGGAUUAUCUUUCGCAAUAUCCUGGGCCGGCACGAGCGCUUUGAGAGUAUUAGCAGACUGCCCAGCUCCGCUCACAACAGCAUCACUGACUCCAUCAGACUCAAGGCAAACAGCCUCAGCAUCGACCUUUUCACUGACCACAGCAGUAACAGCAGUGAAAGCUGCCCUGCUCACAUUUCACCUGUAGGGGGCGGUCUAGUGGCAGUAUCCCACCCCCCUCUGUCAGUGGUUAUUUCUCACUGUCCACUGCAGGCACUCAGACAGUCUCAGAUCCCCUUAGAUCAUCAGCUAGAGUACGCAGAGCAGCAGCAUGACUUUGCUGAACCUGAAGUCGUGGAGGAUAAAGACAAAGAGAACCUCGGCUCAGUCCAGGUCACAUCGCUGUUAAACAAUCGGAGUUGCUUCAGUGAGCUGGCGAAGGCGUCCUGACACACGUGACGGAAGAGUGAUUCACUCAUAUCAGUCUUCAAUAAACUGUCAGAGUCAGCUCUUUAGAAGGAAUCAGAGGAUUGGGGACAUUCCUGAUCUGCAAGACAAAUGAAAACACUGUAAACAGACAAUGAACACAUCACUGAAUGUUUUCAACACAAGGAACUGACUGUCGUGACUUAUUUAAGUCUUAAUUUAAAUGUAUUCUUUAAGUCUUAUUUCACUGCUGGUGGGCCAAAGAGGAUCUGAUAGACCAUCAAACAUGACUCUGCAUUAAUUGCAGUCAACAAGAACCCUGAAUGGUUUCUCCUCUUUUUAGUUGAAAGAGGUCAAUUAAAUUCAUUUUGAUUAGUGAGAUGUUUGAUCCACCAAAGCUUAACCACUAUGAACAGACAGCCCUGACAUCUAGCUGCUUGAAACCUCAAGAAUGGACAAAUGUUUUAGUUUAACUGCAGGUUAAAAUAAAUUAACGUGUAAAUGUAUCUGUGUAUUGGAAGCGUCCGAGACAAACUUUCUAAAGAAUCGGAAAUGCACUCCCCUGGAUUUCACUUUUUACCGCUAUGAUGGAUCAUGGGUAGAAGUUUGUUUUUAAGCUUUAUUACACAAUCAUUUACUCUAUUUGUAAACCCCAAUUCCAAAAAGUUUGGACGCUGUGUAAAAUGUUAUUAAAACCAGAAUUUGAUCGUUGCAAAUCAAACUCUUUAUUCAAUUGGAAAUACAGAAAAGCCAACAGACCAAAAGCUGAAACUGAAAAUGUUCUUUCAUGUAAAAUAGGGGCAGCACCUCUUUGUCUUUUAGCAGCACUGUAAAUGUUUGGGAACUGAGGAGUUCAGUUUCUGGAGUUGAAAUGUUGUUUCAUGACGUGCUGAAUAUGUUCAAUGGAUGACAGGUCAGGACUGCGGGCAGGCCAGUGCAGCACCUGGACUCUUCUACUACAGAGUCAGCCCAUUGUAAAACGUGCAGAAUGUGGUUUGGCCACACACAUAAGAUCUUCCUGAGAAAGUCAUUGUCUGGGUGGCAGCAUAUGUUGCUCCUUUUACCUGUGCGCUAACAAUAAGCCGGGUGGUCCCACUAGAACGAAGGAUGCAGGGUCCAUGAUUUCCAAAAAGAAUGUCAGAUUCUGAUUCGUGGACAGUCUUCCACUUCCCCUCAGUCCAUUUUAAAUGGGCUCAGACAGAAACAAUUCACUGGCAUCUCUGGAUCAUGUUUAUAUGUGGUGUCCUCUUUCCAUGGUACAGUUAUAACCUGCAUUUGUUGAUGCAUCGACUCACCAUGUUCACAAACAAUGGUAAUUAGAAGUGAUUUUGAGCCCAUGCAGUGAUUUCCACUUCAGAGUCAUGUCUGUUUGUAAUGCAGUGCUGCCAGGGCCUUAAGAUCAUGGCCAUCCAGUAUCGGUUAUAAGCCUUGUCCCUUUUGUACAGAAAUGUCUCCAGAUCCUCUCAGGUAUUAUGUACUGUUGAUGAUAAGAUCCCUCAGGACUCUCAGGAACAUUAUUCUGAAACUGUUGAACUAUUUGCUCACGCAGUCUUUCACAGAACGGUGAACUUCUUCCAACUGUUUUAAAAUGUGUUGCUGGGACUAAGUUUAAGAUGUGCAUAUAUUUACUAAAACAUUAAAAUUAUUAGUUUCACCAUUUCA